AAAACAAAAUGCUUAUAAAAGCCAUUGCUCAAUUGGAGAACGGAUUAGUUAUCGAAACGCGCUUAUUGUUCGAACGGCGAGAAACGCUUAAAUCGCCGGUACAAUUUAAUUAAUUUAAAAAUAAAAUAUAUAUAAAAAAUACAGAAAAUAUGAUCUCUAAACAAUUUUUGCUAGGAGUAUUCCUAGUACUUGUUGCAUUCUCAUAUGCUUAUGCCGAUGAGGUUCUAGAUGUUGAGGUAACAGCCGAUUCAGAAAAAGAAAAGAAGUUAGAUAAACGUAAUACCUGUUCAACAUGUUCAUAUAGUGGUCGUACGUAUUAUACAUAUGCUGAUGGUACAACUGUGCAGAGACUGAUUUAUCGGGAUCAGAUACAAUCACGUGCUGAUGUUUCAACCCAUGGCUGUCAUGGUAAUCCCUGCGGUGUUAAUGCUGUUUGUCAGGAAACAGCUGGCGGCCGUCCAGUAUGUUCCUGCCCUCCCGGUUAUAGUGGAAAUCCUUUGACCAGCUGUAAUCGUGGUGAAUGUUUAGAUAACGUUGAUUGUCGUAGUGAUUUGCAAUGUCAAAAUGGUCGCUGUGUUAAUCCCUGUGUUGGUGCUUGUGGCAAUAAUGCCAAUUGUGAGCCCAGAAAUCAUGUAGCUGUUUGCAGUUGUCCACAUGGUUUUAAUGGUGAUCCAUUUACUUCUUGCCGUCUUGCUGAUCCUGAGGAACAAUGUCAUCCCAGUCCCUGUGGUCUUAACACUAAAUGUGAAAUCAUUGGUGGUGUACCCACCUGCUCGUGCUUAAACGGUUACGUAGGUAAUCCAUUGAGUGGUUGUCGUCAUGAAUGUGAACAUGAUGGUGAUUGUAGUUCACGCGAUAUGUGCAGUAAUUUCAAAUGUGUACCCGCCUGUCAACAAUGUGGUACUGGUGCUACUUGCAGUACCGUAAAUAAUCAUCGUGCUGUUUGUGAAUGUCCAAAGGGUUAUAUUGGUAGUGCUUACAGUGAAUGUCGUCCAGAGUGUUAUGGUGAUUCAGAUUGUCCAGCUGGUAGACCAGCUUGUUUCUAUGGUAUUUGUAAGAAUACUUGUGAUGGUGCUUGUGGUGUAGGAGCUGAUUGUAAUUUAAGAGGUUUAACCCCAGUAUGUAGUUGUCCACGUGAUAUGACGGGUGAUCCUUUUGUUCGUUGUCGUCCAUUUACCAAAGCUGAUUUGUGUGAACCCAAUCCUUGUGGUACAAAUGCCAUUUGCAUACCUGGUCAUGAUAAUACCGGACGUGAGCGUCCUGUUUGUAACUGUUUGCCCGGUCAUACCGGUAAUCCUUUGACUCACUGCUCAAGAGGUGAAUGUCUUAGCAAUAGCGAAUGUCCCGAUAAUAAGGCUUGCAUCAAUUAUCAAUGUGUUAAUCCCUGCAUUGGUAAAUGCGGUUCUGGUGCCGAAUGUGAACCUAAAGCCCAUUUAGCUGUCUGCAAGUGCCCACCUGGCACUUCUGGCGAUGCUUUAGUUUCUUGCCGUCAAUCCCGUACUUAUCCCGUUGCCAAGUAUCAUGGUGUAUCGUCAUCUGGUUCUUGUUCAGUGUGUUAAAUCUAAUAACUUUACCUAAAACUGCCACUUUUUCUUUAUUCUUUAUUGCUUUCUCUAACUUUUAUGUCCGUUAAAUAUUUUCAAAAAGGCAUAAUAUUAUUUUUCUAAAAUGUAACAAGUAUUGUUUUUUUGUAUUAAUUUAUUGCUAAAUAGUUACGCUUAUAAAUGUAAUAAAUUGAAUUGUUUAAUAAUA